GCGCGGGAGAGCGGCGGCGCCUUUGUUGCGGCCGGGCCGCCGCGGCCUUUGUCUGCAGAGGGCGGGCGCCGCGAGGGCCGGCGGAGGAUGGAGGCCCCGCCGGACGGCGCCGACCUGGUGCCGCUGGACCGCUACGACGCGGCGCGGGCCAAGAUCGCCGCCAACCUGCAGUGGAUCUGCGCCAAGGCCUACGGCCUAGACAACAUCCCUGAGGACCUCAGAGACCCUUUUUACAUCGACCAGUAUGAGCAGGAGCACAUCAAGCCGCCCGUUAUCAAGCUGCUCCUUUCCAGUGAGCUCUACUGCCGUGUCUGCAGCCUCAUCCUCAAAGGGGACCAGGCGGCCACCUUGCAAGGGCACCAGUCAGUCAUCCAGGCCCUGUCCCGGAAAGGCAUCUACGUGAUGGAGAGUGACGACACCCCGGUGACGGACGCCGACCUCGGCCACGCCCCUGUAAAGAUGAGUGCCCACAUGGCGAUGGUGGAUGCCCUGAUGAUGGCCUACACUGUGGAGAUGAUCAGCAUUGAGAAGGUGGUGGCCAGCGUCAAGCGCUUCUCCACGUUCAGCGCCUCAAAAGAGCUGCCCUAUGACCUCGAGGACGCCAUGGUGUUCUGGAUCAACAAGGUAAAUCUCAAAAUGAGAGAGAUCACAGAAAAGGAAGUCAAGUUAAAGCAGCAGUUACUGGAAAGCCCGGCUCAUCAAAAGUCUCCCUCCAAGUGGUAUUGGAAGUUAGUGCCCGUCCGCUAUCGCCGAGAGCACCUUUCCGCCAGGCAGUCGCCCUACUUCCCGUUGUUGGAGGACUUGAUGCGAGGCGGCAGCGAUGGGGCUGCUCUCCUGGCGGUGGUGCACUAUUACUGCCCCGAGCAGAUGAGACUGGAUGAUAUAUGCCUGAAGGAGGUGCCGUCCAUGGCCGACAGCCUGUACAACAUCCGGCUUCUGAGAGAGUUCGCCAGCGAGCACCUGAACAAGUGCUUCUACCUCACCCUGGAGGACAUGCUGUACGCGCCCUUGGUGCUCAAGCCAAAUGUCAUGGUUUUUAUUGCCGAGCUCUUCUGGUGGUUUGAGAAUGUCAAACCUGAUUUCGUCCAGCCCCGGGAUGUUCAGGAGCUGAAAGAUGCCAAAGCAGUGUUACCGCAGAAGAGCAGCCGGCCUCCUGUGCAGAUCUCCAACGCCACCAAACGCAGCUUCCUGGGCAGCCCUGCUGCUCUGAGCCCAGCUGACCUGCCGCCUGCCUCGCUGCCGGCCGAGGGCGGGCGCAGGUACCACCUCCUCCCCGAGGAAGCUGAGUGUCUUGGGAAAGGAACUUCCGCAUUUAGCUCAUCCCAUCCGUUGUUGCCGCUGAGGCAGAAACAGCAGAAAGCAGCGCAGGCGGAGGAGACGCCCGAUCAGCGGCAUCGGUCUAAUUCUUUAACGCGUGUUGACGGUCAGCCGCGAGGCGCAGCUGUAGCAUGGCCGGAAAAAAAAGCCAGGCCCGUGUCCCAGCCAACGCCUUUCGCAGUCCAUCAUGCCACAAGUUGCGAGGUGGACCCUGGCUCCGGUGACAGCAUCAGCUUGGCUCGCUCCAUCAGCAAAGACAGCCUGGCUUCCAACAUUGUCCACCUCACGCCCCAGAACCAGCCACACCCUGCGGCUGGGAAGGCCAAUGGGAAAAGCCUCCUGAGCAACGUCAGCAUUGAGGAUGAGGAGGAAGAGCUCGUGGCCAUCAUCAGGACAGACGCGACUGCCCACCGUGGGGACUUGGAGGUUGCCAGGGCCUCACCCCGUGCGCCAAGCCUGCUGGCCAGUGCCAGGUCUCCCCAGAGGCAGCUGGACCUCAUGGAGAGUAAGCCCGACAGUUUCUUCCUGGAGCCACUGAUGCCAGCAGUGCUGAGGCCAGCGAAGGAGAAGCAGAUUAUUACCAAGGAGGACGAGUGCGGGGAAGGGCGGCCAAGGAGCUCCACAGCCAGGCGGGCCAGCGAGGGUCCCCAGCUGCUGGCACGGAAGAAAGCGACCGGCAGCCAUGGUCAUGGUGGGCGGGACUUGAACAGGACUUUCACCCCCAUCCCAUGUUUGGAGUUCUUGGCGGGUGUCGACCCUGCCGAGGCGAGUCUGCUCUGGGCGGACGCCGUGGGAGAAGUGCGUGGGGGACCUCUGGCCGUCAGCGGGUUCCAGCCCUCACCCCAGGGCCAGGCUGCUGAUGGCUUCUUCCUUCACGUGGGCAGAGCUGACGAGGACACGGAGGGCAGAUUGUGCAUCAGCUCCAAGAGUCCCAGCUCGCAAGACUCAGAGCCCUGGACGCUCCUGAGGCAGGACUCCGAGUCUGACGUGGUUGACAUAGAGGACACGGAGCAGGACUUCAUUGGCGGGGAUCACCCUGUAGUCAUCACCACCUACGCUGGCGAGGAGGAAUCGGCCAAGCUGCAAGAGGACAUGAAGGUGCGGGAGCACGAGGACAAGGACGGCGCCAGCGGCCGCUCGAGCCCAUGCCUGAGCACCGCCUCCCAGCUCAGCAGUGUGUCCCUGGCGAGCGGCAGCGUGAAGAUGACCAGCUUUGCAGAGCGGAAGCUCCAGCGGCUCAACAGCUAUGAGACCAAGUCAAGCACCAGCAGCUCCCAGAAGACCACCCCAGAUGCUUCCGAGAGCUGCCCUGUGCCCCUGACCACGUGGAGGCAGAAGAGGGAGCAGAGCCCGGGCAGGCACGGCAAGGACCCCGCCAGCCUCCUGGCCUCCGAGCUGGUGCAGCUGCACAUGCAGCUGGAGGAGAAGCGCAGGGCCAUUGAGGCCCAGAAACAGAAGAUGGAAGCGCUGUCGGCACGGCAGCGCCUGAAGCUGGGCAAGGCUGCCUUCCUGCAUGUGGUGAAGAAGGGCAGGGUGGACGGUGCCCCGCAGCCACUGCGGCCCGAACACUUUGUGAAGGAGUACUCUCAGCACAACGGGGAGCACCUGGACGGCAGCCCUCCCAGAACGGAGCACCUCAGCGAGUCUCGGGACACGGACGCGGACGUGGACGGAGAGAGCCUGGCUCUCGCCCCGCCUCACAGACCCCGAGAUGUGGCCAUCCUACACGACGUGGAUAAGAGCAAGAUGAUCUCUGCCGGCCUCCUGGAGGAUGGGGUGGGCGAGGGGGUGGAUGUGACUGAGUGUGAGCUGUCCAUUGAGAAGCUGAACGAGACCAUCAGCACGCUGCAGCAGGCCAUACUGAAGAUCUCACAGCAGCAGGAGCAGCUGCUCAUGAAGUCCCCGACUGUCCCAACGCCAAGCUCUAAGAGCAACUCCCAGGACCAAAAAGUGAAGGCUGCUAUCCACUUUGUGGAGCCGCUCUCGCCACCCGGGAUGGCUGGUCACCGCAAACUGCCCCGGCUGGGCCAGGGCCGGAACUCCCGCUCCGGAAGACCAGCGGAGCUCAAGGUUCCCAAAGACAGGCAACUGGGCUCCUCCAGGAGCAAAACCCCGACACCCAGCGUGGAGAGCCUCCCGCACCUGCGGCCUUUCCCCCCAGGACACCCCCCUCACUUGCCCUCUGACCCUGGCAUGGACGGUGCCGCCGACCCCGGUGGCCACCCUGAGAAGGGGCUGUUUGACAGUUACCGGCUCCAUGAUGAGAGCAACCAGCGGACAUGUGUUCUGCCCUCGCCCAAAGAUCCCAACAUCAUUGCGGAGCAUAUAGGCCUCAGAGAAGUUCUAGGUGCCAGCAUGAAAGAGGCAGGGCUGAGCUCUGCCAGCAGAGAGCUCCUCCCCAUGAAAGAGAUUGUUCCCGGGGAAGAGCCACUGAGGAGCAAGGCCAGCCUCAUCGAGGUGGACCUGGCCCACCUGAAGGCCCCUGACGAGGACGGUGAGCUGGCAGGCCAGGACAGUGCUCCGGAGCUUGUCAGCGACGGUGACCAGAAGCCCGGGGUCGGCUUCUUCUUCAAGGAUGAACAGAAAGCAGAAGAUGAGCUUGCCAAGAAGCGGGCAGCCUUCCUGCUGAAGCAGCAGCGCAAGGCUGAGGAGGCGCGCGUGCGGAAGCAGCAGCUGGAGGCGGAAGUGGAGCUCAAGCGUGACGAGGCCCGACGUAAAGCUGAGGAAGAUCGGAUCCGCAAGGAGGAGGAGAAGGCACGGCGAGAGCUCAUCAAGCAGGAGUACCUGAGGAGGAAGCAGCAGCAGAUCCUCGAGGAGCAGGGGCUCAGCAAACCUAAGUCAAAGCCCAGAAAGCCGAGGCCCAAGUCUGUGCACCGUGAGGAAUCGUGCAGCGACUCGGGCACCAAGUGCUCCUCCACCCCUGAUAACCUGAGCGGGACACACUCCGGCUCCAGCCUGUCCUUGGCCUCUGCGGCGACGACGGAACCCGAGAGCAUCCACUCGGGGGGGACACCCUCUCAGCGAGUGGAGUCCUUGGAGGCCCUGCCCAUCCUGAGCCGCAACCCAAGCAGGAGCACUGACCGAGACUGGGAGACGGCAUCGGCAGCGUCUUCCCUGGCCUCAGUGGCGGAGUACACAGGUCCCAAGCUCUUUAAGGAGCCCAGCAGCAAGUCCAACAAGCCAAUCAUCCACAACGCCGUGUCCCACUGCUGCCUGGCGGGGAAGGUGAACGAGCCCCACAAGCACUCGGUCCUGGAGGAGCUGGAGAAGUGUGACGCCAACCACUACAUCAUCCUGUUCCGCGACGCCGGCUGCCAGUUCCGGGCGCUGUACUGCUACUACCCUGACACGGAGGAGAUCUACAAACUCACGGGCACGGGGCCCAAGAGCAUCACCAAGAAGAUGAUCGACAAGCUCUAUAAGUACAGCUCGGACCGGAAGCAGUUUAACCUCAUCCCUGCCAAGACCAUGUCUGUCAGUGUGGACGCGCUCACCAUCCACAACCACCUGUGGCAGCCCAAGCGGCCCGCGGUGCCGAAGAAGACUCAGCCUCGUAAGUGACCCGGCGCGGCAGAGUCCAGAGGACAUGGCAGGUCGUGUUAUUGUUUCCUCCACGUGGGUACGAAGCACGAGGGGUCACAGACCUUUUCCAAGCCUCUGAUAACAAGUGAAGCCGAGGGCAGGCAUGGCCGCCGUGGUCCCCAUGGUCCCCAGGCCUCAGACGAGGAUGCCCUGAGCGGGGGGCCCAGCUGCGCGUCUCCCCCUCGAAGUUCUCCAGGACCUCGAUCCGACCCGACCUGACCCGCACUGUACCCGGCCUCCCCGCUCCCUUUGCACAUUGCCUGAGCCUCGGGGCCAUGUGGUUGCCUGGGGCUCGGGUGGAGGCCCCUCGGGUCAGGCAUUUGAAUGUCUUCAUAAAAGGAGUUCCUACGGAAAAUCUUUUUCAUUUGCGAAAUUGUAUGAUAUUUAUUGAUUGUGUCUACUGCCAAUGUUUAUAUCCAGUUCUAAGAUUUCUGAAAAACAUCUUUGUUCCUUGCUGCUCAGAAGAAGUUUACUGAAAACACCAGUUCACUAAAAGCACUGAAGUGGGCAAAGUCUGUCUUCUGCUAAAAUAACGUUUACAAACAUGGAGGUGAUGCUUUGCCGCGCUGCAAGGACGCUGAGUGGCACUAGCAGCUGGUGCUGGCCAGCGCGGCCAUCCGCUGGCGCCUCGGGGCCUGCGGCAGUCUGUUCACUUUAAUAAAGACAGUUUCGGUACAGGA